CAAAUUCAACAAGUUACAUUUUAUCACUUCAAAAUUACAACUAUUUCUCAAAAGCCAUGAAACCCUGUAGUAAAAGAAAGAUCAAGAAAAAAAUAACAAAAAAAAUUCUCCAUAUCACCAUUUUCAAAGAAAAGAAUCUAAGUUCUCCAAAAAAUACAAAUCAAUAUCUCCUAACCAAACAUGUGCACUAAGAAAUUAACCAAAAUAUUGAAACUAAAGAACCUGACAGUAUUUUAUCCUUUUUAUUAAAUGAAUAAAGUCCAUUAUCCAUAGAUCGAUUAUUUUAACUUUAAAACCCAGAAAUACUAAUUAAAGAGUCCCCUGAUAUGCUUAAAAGCUAUACCUGAACAUACUCAAUCA